GCGUCAGGAGUAUCCCAGACUGGAUCUUGCUGCUCGUCUCCAAAUCGUCGCGCCGCCACCGUCACCGCGGAUGCUGAUCUCAAGCCGUCUCCCGACGCCGGUCUGCAGCCUACCCCGAUGUUGUACUUCGUUCAAGCCACACUCUCCCCGCCUACCCAUCAAAUCCCCUCGCCGACGGUCUCGACGCCGAUACCGAGCAUAGACGCCACCCAGUGGCAACAGGGGCGGCGACGGGAGGCGAUAGCUCCAGCGGCAGAUAGGGAUAGCACUGGAGGGAGUAAUGUAAGAGAAAGUGGUGACGGCGGCGAAGGUCAGGGAAGUGGCGGCGCUCCUCGAGCUCUCGGUUCGCUUUGUAUUUUGGUGUGGUUAGCCUCGUGCCCCGAAUCUCAUGGCCAGAGAAUUGUGGAACAGCGGCAACGCCGUACCCCAAGAAUAGCCGAGAGUUUACCUUUGGUGGAUUCGGGGGACCUCCAUGCUUGGCGCGCGGUAUUGCCUCAUCACCACCCCUAUCUCUUUCUCCGCAUGUCCUCUCCCAGCCCGAACUGCAACACGGAGUCUUCUUUCCCCUUCCAUUGAUGAACUUCUUGCCAAGACAGGAACAGAGGAGAAAGGGAUUCAAGUGAGUUGUUCACCUAGACGCAGUAGAAUUUUCCUACUCCUGGAAAAUACCAAAUGUUUGCAAGACCCAUCCGAAAUUAACAAUGUUGAUGGGAAUUUUAAGCGCGAGGAAUUGCCAAACGGUACCCAACAGUAACGUUAUCCAUGAUAAUUAUUUGAACUCUCUAUUGUGUAAUAUCCUGCAUGCCGCGGGAUGGAGGAACUGAAUGUUGAAGGCGUGCAACAAGUAUCUGUUGAUCCGAACACUGUCGAUUUACUGGAAAGCUUGGAUGAUCCAAAGCCUCUUAUUUCAUUUGGUUUACCUAAAAGUUCCCCAGAUGGUCAUACCAGGCAUUUGAGUGAAGAUUUAAGUUCCCUUACAAUUAAUGAUUUACGUGUGAAAGGGGAGGAGAUUUGCCACAACCAGCAUGCCCACAAUAGAAAUUUUAGUGAAGAUUUAAGUUCCCUUACAAUUAAUGAAGUACGUGCAAACAAAAUAGAAGAAAAGUGCCAUAGCCCGCUUGAAGAAAAGGUGAUAAGUCGCCAUAACUCAGCUGAAAGAAACAUUUUUAAGGCUGCAGAAAUUGCCGAACGUUUCAUUCAGGCUCUAGAUAAUAGAGUCCUUGUUGAAACUACAGCACCGAUUGAAUCAGUCAAAGAUGCUGUUAGCAAAUUUGGGGGGAUUCUUGACUGGAAAGAGAGGCGCAAAAAUGUUCAAAUUUCUCUUGACAAAGUGCGGGAAGAUGCCCCCGAGUACCAGAGAAGAUUUGAAGUUGCAGAAGCUGAGAAAAGCCAAGUUCUGAAAGAGCUGUGUGGCAUCAGGCGGAUCAUAGAAGGGCUGAAACUGAGCCUGGAGAAAGCACAGACUGAAGCAUUGCAAGCACAGCAAGAUUCAGAGAUUGCUGAGAUACGAUACAAAGAAAUACAACAGGGUAUCGCUCACAAAGAGAGUGCUGCAGUAAAGGCAGAGAUUGAUCUUGCCAAAGAACGCCACGCGACUGCCUUAGCAGACUUGCAGUCAGUUAAAUAUGAGCUGGAGCAACUUCAGAAAGAGCACACUUCUUUAAUUAGUCAAAUGGAGAAUGCCGAGACUAAAGCACGCGAAACCACCACCAUGUCUCAGGAAAUCGAGAAGAACGUCGAGGACCUUACCCUUGAGCUCAUUUCACUGAAAGAGUCACUUACCUCUUCACAUGCUACCCAUAUUAUAGCAGAAGAGCGAAGAAUAAAUGUGGCUAUGGCGUAUGAGCAAGAAAAAGCUAAUUGGCAGGAUGAGCAGAAGGAAGCUGAUGAGGAGGUUCAAAAGCUGAAUGACGAGAUCUCAGCCAGUAAAGAUCUUGAGUCCAAGCUUGAAGCUUCCUCUGCAUUGCUGGUGAAUCUGCAAGGUGAGUUUACUGCUUAUAUGGAAGGAAUACUGCCAGAGAAGGCAAGUGAGGAUGGAGAGGAAGUGCCAUCAAUGGUUAGUGUUCGGAUGACACUAGCGAAGACCACAAAGGAGCUUGAGGAUAUGAGGACGAACAUUGAAAAAGCCAAGGAUGAGGUUAAAGGGCUUUGGAAUACUGCUGCUGCAUUGCGAGCUGAUCUAGAGAAGGAGAAGGCAGACAUCACAGCAUUGAGGGAGAAACAGCACCAUGCAUCUGUUUCAGCCACAUCUCUCCAGGAGGAACUGAGAAAAACGGCACGUGAGCUGAUGGUAGUGCAGGAGAGAACUAAUGCAGCUAGAAUGCCCCCAGAGCUACAGCAGGCUACUCAAGAAACCGAACGAGCUAAGGCGAAGGUUCGGUUGGCCCAGGAUGAGGUUGCGAAGGCUAGGGAAGAGGCAGACCGAGCCAAGGCAGAGGUCAAUGUCGUCCAGUUGAGGCUAGAAGCAGUGUCAAGGGAGAUACUUGCAGUGAAAACAUCAGAAGAAAUUGCAAUGGCCUCAGCAAAUGCGCUGCAAGAGUACAAACAUGAGGGAGAAAUAGAACCCCAAGCUGAGAGAAGAAGUCACAACAACAUGAAGGUGCCGAUCGAAGAGUAUGAUGCGUUGAGCAAGAGAGCACAGGAAGCUGAGGACCUAGCUAAGAAGCGGGUUAUGCAGGCGGUUGAGAAGAUAAAAGAGGCGAAGGAGGGAGAGGUUAGGAGCUUGGAUCAGUUGUAUCAGUUGACCAAACAGAUAGAUGAUAGGAGGGUUGCGCUGAGGUCGGCGCAGGAGAAAGCCUUUUCGGCACAGGAUACCAAGUUAACAAUGGAGAGCGAGCUGAGGAAGAUGAGAGUAAAGCACGAUCAACCGCAUGGCGAGAUGGAUCUUCCGAUUGCUGAUAUCUGCCUUCUGAAUAGUGCAUGCUCUUUUGAUGCAUCAUCUGGUUCCAAUCCUCAAAUGCGCGGAACAUGCCUGCCUAGAGCUGACACCAUAGCGACAAGUUCAGUAGCAGAGUCAAAGGCGCGAAAGUCGUACUUCCCUCGGUCCAUAGUGACGAUGUUCAUGGGUAGUAGGAAGAAGACACAUUCGAAGUGAACCUCAAUCCCUUACGUUGGUAGUUUGCUGAACUUCUCUGGUACGAUUCUUCUGUACAUGUAACAAGUAGGUUGCACAUUUUUUUUGUUACCCUAAUUGUAAUUAUUUUUUCAGAAAUGAAAUAUGAUUCAGUCGGAGAUGUGUCAACCUUUGCACAA